AUUGAUGCGAGGAGACCUCAUGCACACUGCCGGCGGGAGUUUUGGAAACUUUUCCACGGGCGGCAGCUCCUUCUUCUCCUCCUCCUCGUCUACCAGCGCGUCUUCCCAGCUCGCCCGCGGCUGCAGCCACUGCCCCCGUCCGCGAUGCUGGCCCUCUCGCCCGCUCGGCACGGAGGCGGCGGCCGGCGCUGGCCGCGGGCGGCCGCCUGGCUGUGGCUGGCGGCGGCGCUGGGCGCCGUGUGGCCGCCGCGGGGCUCGCUGGUGCAGGGCCGGCGGCUGAUCUGCUGGCAGGCGGUGCUGCAGUGUCAGGGGGAGCCCGAGUGCAGCUACGCGUACAACCAGUACGCCGAGGCGUGCGCCCCGGUGCUCCUGCAGCAGCAGCCGGCGGCGGCGGGCGGCGGGGACGGCCCGGCGGGCGCCGCGGGCGCGGCCGCCUCGUCCAGGCGGCGGUGCCCCAGCCACUGCAUCGCGGCGCUCAUCCAGCUCAACCACACCCGGCAUGGCCCGGCGCUGGAGGACUGCGACUGCGCGCAGGACGAGAACUGCCGCGCCACCAAGCGCGCCAUCGAGCCCUGCCUGCCCCGCACCAGCAGCCCCGCGGGCGGCGGCCCCGGCGGCCCCGGCCCCGGCGGCCCCGGCGUGAUGGGCUGCACGGAGGCGCGGCGGCGCUGCGACUGGGACAGCCGCUGCAGCCUGGCGCUGAACCGCUACAUGACCUACUGCGGGAAGCUGUUCAACGGGCUGCGCUGCACACCCGAGUGUCGCGCCGUCAUCGAGGACAUGCUGGCCGUGCCCAAGGCCGUGCUGCUCAACGACUGCGUCUGCGACGGGCUGGAGCGGCCCAUCUGCGAGUCGGUCAAGGAGAACAUGGCCCGCCUCUGCUUCGGCUCCGACAUGGGCGGCAACGGCGCGGGCAGCAGCGGCGGCUCGGACGGCGGCCUGGAGGAGUACUACGACGAGGACUACGAGGAGGAGCCGAGCCAGAAGGGGAGGGACGACGCGGAGGACAAUGCGGGCGCCGAGCCCGGCUUCCCCGUGCAGGCGGAUAACGCCGGCCGGCCCGCCGGGGCGGCCGGGGCGCUGCUCGCCUCCAUCUUGGUGCCGCUGCUGCCACGGCUCUAGCAUCCCUCGCUGCCCGCACCCCUCCCUGCCUGCUUUCCCAUCGCUGCCUGCCUCCCCAUCCCCUUCGCCGGGCCGGGCCGGGCCGGGCCAGGCCCCCCGCGCCGAGCCGCCGCGGGCCUCUAGUCGAGCGCUCCCG